AUCAGUUUGAAAGUUGUGUUUUCCUUUAAGGUCAGUUUGUUUAUUCAGUUUGUUUAGGAUUAUACAAAACAAAAUGCCUUCCCAAAUUCUACGGACUGCGCCUUUAAGUGCUCACCUCCCAGCUCCCCUGUAAAUACCUGUACAUUGGGGCCAGGUUUGGACCUGCACUCUCAGGUAAGGAGGGACUUCAAUGAAACGCCAUUCAGCUAAAAUCAGAGCUUGGUAUCGUGCACAGCACAAUCCAGUCCGACCAAUCAGAGCUCUGACAGUCGGCUGCAGGCUCCGCCCCCCCUCGCUGCCUCUAAUAUCUCAUCCCAGUGUGUUUUGGUCAUGAUUCGGUGUUCGGGCGCAGGAGCUGACUGUCGAGCUGCCGCCGCGCGUAAAGACAGAUUCGCAUGCGUAAUAGUCACCCGGGGCUCGUCCUGCUUUACACCGAAGCUCUAAUCAAAGAUGUUUUCUUAGCUCCGGAGUCCUUCCCCGUCAUGACCUCACCGGGCCGCCCCUCCAGCUGAAUGGGAUCUCUCACCGCCUGUCUGUCGCUCGUUUUGGCACCGACCGUCUCUGCUGCUGCUGCUGCUGCUGCUGCUGCUCAUCCAAAGCCCCGAUUUUAGGAUCUGCGAGCAUUUGGUUUCCUCUAAUCAGUUCAUUAAUGGUUUGAUGCGAAAUCCGCCUGUCUGAUCGGCAGAAGAGCGACGACGCCAAAAUCUCCAGAAGCCUGCGCGUCCGAGGAGGGGGGCCUUGGCCAUGGGGGGAUCCAAGAGUAAGCCCAAGGAUGUAGGCCAGCGAACCCGCAGCCUCGAUGGCAACCUCAGCUCUGGGGGAGGGGCUGGAGGCCACCACCUCAACUCCAAUCAACAGUCCAUGACGCCCAAUCGCAGCCCAACUGUGGAUGGAGGUCUCAGUGGCAACCCGUCUCUGGCCAACAACGCAGAGCUGGCCCUGUUUGGAGGAGUGGACAAUAACAGUGUCACCUCUCCCAACAGAAUCACACUAGCAGGAGGCGUAACGACCUUCGUGGCGCUGUACGACUACGAGUCUAGAACGGCCUCAGAUCUGUCUUUCAGGAAGGGCGAACGCCUCCAAAUAGUCAACAACACGAGGAAGGUGAACUGCAGAGAAGGGGACUGGUGGCUUGCGCGCUCCCUGACCACUGGAGAGAGCGGUUACAUCCCCAGCAAUUAUGUGGCUCCAUCCGACUCCAUCCAGGCAGAAGAUCAUCUCAGACUGACUAUAGAGUCCAGGUGGUACUUUGGCAAAAUCACUCGCCGCGACUCUGAGAGGCUGCUGCUAAGUUUAGAGAACAGGAGAGGGACUUUCUUGGUGCGAGAGAGUGAGACAACCAAAGGUGCCUACUGUCUGUCUGUUCUGGACUAUGACAACACCAAAGGGCUGAACGUGAAGCACUACAAGAUCAGGAAGCUGGACAGCGGAGGCUUCUACAUCACAUCGCGCACGCAGUUCAGCAACCUGCAGCAGCUUGUCAACCACUAUCGCAAGCAUGCUGACGGGCUGUGUCACAGUCUAUCAGACAUUUGUCCUGUGCUGAAGCCUCAGACUCAGGGCUUAGCAAAGGAUGCCUGGGAGAUCCCGAGAGAGUCUCUCCGUCUCGACCUCAAGCUCGGACAGGGCUGCUUCGGAGAGGUCUGGAUGGGAACAUGGAACGGUACGACACGUGUGGCGAUAAAGACUCUGAAGCCCGGCACGAUGUCGCCCGAGGCCUUCCUCCAGGAGGCUCAGGUCAUGAAGAAACUGAGACACGAAAAGCUGGUUCAGCUCUACGCCGUGGUGUCGGAGGAACCGAUCUACAUCGUCACGGAGUACAUGGGACAAGGUAGCUUACUGGAUUUCCUGAAAGGUGACAUGGGUAAGAUGCUCCGCCUCCCCCAGCUGGUGGACAUGGCAUCACAGAUUGCUUCGGGGAUGGCUUAUGUGGAGAGGAUGAACUAUGUGCACAGAGACCUCAGAGCUGCUAACAUCCUGGUGGGAGAUAACCUGGUUUGCAAAGUGGCUGAUUUCGGUCUGGCUCGCCUCAUUGAGGAUAAUGAAUAUACUGCCCGGCAAGGAGCCAAAUUUCCCAUUAAGUGGACGGCACCUGAGGCCGCUCUGUACGGCCGCUUCACCAUUAAAUCUGACGUCUGGUCAUUCGGAGUGCUGCUGACUGAACUGGCUACCAAAGGCCGAGUACCCUAUCCAGGUAUGGUGAACCGGGAGGUGUUAGACCAGGUGGAGCGUGGCUACAGGAUGCCGUGCCCGGCAGAGUGCCCCGAAUCGCUGCAUGACCUCAUGCUGACCUGCUGGAGGAAAGAGCCCGAGGAGAGGCCCACCUUCGAGUACCUGCAGGGCUUCCUGGAGGAUUACUUCACCUCCACGGAGCCUCAGUACCAGCCGGGAGAGAACCUGUAACUGGGCUGAACGUGGAAAUGUGCAUGCGUCAUGCAUGUGCAAAACUGAGCAUGUGCAUCUACUUCCGAGUGCAUCGACGAAUGAAUGAGUGUGUGUGUGUGUUUGUGUGUGUGAGAGUGUGAGAGUGUGUAUGUACAAUUUGACGGGGCAGGAAGCCGACGGCAUUCUGGGUACAAUCAAUAGCUCUCUGACAUCGAGGAGUGUCGGUGGGACAUCAGACCAAUCAGCGACGUUCAGUUUCUUCUUCUGUCCAAAGUCAUGCUCUGAGGAAAAAGACUUAACUGUGGUAUGAUCUUGAGUUAACAUGUUGUUUGUCAGUCAAAUCAACACCUGUUACAGCCGAGCAGGUUUUUCUACCUUCCUUGUGUUGCUCAGCUGCCCUGCUUAUAUACAUUCCUCUGUGCAUUCUUCCCGUGUUAAUUAGCCAGACUCGUCGCGUAGCGCAUACAAAACUAGAUUUUGACAUUUAAUGACUGCACGUAGGGGUCGGACAACUCCCCAGAAUGAAUGUUGUAUGCAAUUAUUGUCCUGCUGAAAGCACCAUGUCUAUUUUUACAACAUUUUCCUGAGAUGUGCUUAGAGUCCGUCUUCCAUUUUGCCACCUGAGAAGCAUUUAUUCGGGACAUUCAAUAAUUUUCCAGGAUGUUUUUUGGUCUCGAAAGAGUUGUCAUUAGACCUGGAUCAACUGGAAUGUAUUCAGGUGAACCAUUAUAUGUUAUGCUUUCCCCUGUGCAACAUCAAGGCUCGUUUUUUUUCAGCUGCUGUGACGUUUUGUAGGAGACUUGCACCCCCUUGAUCCCCACCAGAGCGGUGUAGUCUCGCUCGCCAGUCGGACGAAUCGGUUUAUCGCUGUGAUCAACAAAACAGCUCGACACAAAGAAGAGAAGAGGCAGAGUCCGUCUCUCUAUUUUCUAAUCGUGACUUUUCACAAAAAAGCAAAAUGGCUACUGAUCACCAACGGUCGUCUCAGGAUGGAGAGGACUGAAAAUUCUGCUGCGAGGAUUUUUGUGCCAAUGAAAAUCUCUUUUGUACUCUCUUCUACUGUGUAAAAGUGUAUUUUACUACUCUGAACUUUUUCUUACAAUGAAGUCUGAGUUGUGUAAACAGAGAUUCUGCCGUUCUUCUUCCGAACGGAUUAUCCACUGUUUUUGAAAUCCCGCACCUGUGUACAGUACCGACCGGCUCACCAGCGUGAUGUCAAAUUAAAAAAAAAAAGAAAGUAAAUCAGGUGAAUCUUCUUUCAUGUGUCCCUUUUCAGUUCUGACCUUCAUUUAAUAUGUGAAGAUUUUCCGCUUUUAAUUAGCUUCAGCAUUUCCCCUAUUAGUGCAUCUUGAAGCACGACCUUUUUACACUGGAGAUGUUUUGCUUGAUGACUGAGCAACAGUGAUACUGUGCCGGUCAUGCCCUCCUCCGGCCUGUAGGGGGCAGACCAGAAAAAAGCCUUCCCACAAAAACAGCAUGUAUAGCAAAUAAAUUGGAGUCUUCAACCUUAAUUGUAAAUAUCCUUAAUGCUAAUAUUUUUUUUGUGUGUGUACAUAUAUAUAUCAUCUUUAUAAUUUAUUCCUUUUAAAAUAACCCAAUUGUUUAUUUUUUGCUUUCAGUAUCACUGUUCAAACGUUAAUGUUUAUGGUACUUUUUAUGGGUUGAAUAACAUCUGACAAUAAUGAUAUAAAUAUAUAUAUUCUAUAAAAACACUUUUACAUUACAAGUAUUUUUUUUUUGUGCAUGUAAUUCUGUGAAAACUUAUCUCGGUUGUACAUUUUCGAUAUGACGGACAGAUCUGGGAAGGAGAACUUCAAAUCCCCUUCUUCCGGUGAGAACCGGUUCUGUCUCUCCAGAUGCUGAUCAUCUACCAGCGUCACUCCUUCCCAUAAUACAAUCAAAACCACAAAUGUUUACAUCGUGAUAAUCUUCAAAUCAUUUUGGUGCUGCUUCAGAGGCUGGUAAAUGAGCAGGAAAUCAUUCUCUUUUUAAUAUUUCUGUUUUGUUUUUUUUUCUCACUACACCUGAUUCCAACAUGGUGUGUGUGGGUGUGUGUGUGUGUGUGUGUGCUGCCAUCACCUGUACUUCCACAGUCGCUCUAUGGUUUUCAUAAAGCAACUCCUGAUUAUGAUUAGAUAACUCCAAACAGAAGACGAUGUCCCAGGAAUGGAAGGACUUUCAUAUCCGUGUAGUGUCUACUGUGUCCCGUGGACAUGGGGUUAUGCCACGCUGAAUGACCUGCAUGGGUGCGUUGUGGUCGUCUGGUGUCACCCACCUCUCUUCCUGACCUGUCUCACUGAACGCUUAUGAGCAAAAAAAAAAAAAAAAAAAGAACGUGCACGAGAAAGGUCGCAUUGUUUGCAGCCUUGCCUACAAGCCAAGGACGUUUCCUGUGGGGUUCUGUGGGUCUUUCCUUCCGGCUAUGCAGAUAUUUUUUUUAAUCUGUGAUAUUCCUACAUAUACUCUUUUCUACUGUAUUCAUUGGGAACUUCCAGAUAAAUCGCUCUUUGUUAAAAUCCUACUGAAUAUUUGUUCAAAUCUGAAAGUAUGUUUGAAUAAAAAUUUGUAUAUUGCCAGCUGUA